AUGAUAUCAAUUUACAAUUUUGUGCAAAUUUCUUACGAGAAUUUUACCGACGAACGAACAAUAUUAUGCCCAUCAAACUGCUCAUGUUUGGGCAACAACAUUGAUUGCAGCGAACUGAAACUUGAUUCAAACCAGAUCAAAUUAGUUGACAGCCUAACAUUCUCAGACAUGGAGAACUUGAGGGUAUUGAAAUUGAGAAGGAACCUAAUUAGUAAUCUUCAUGAUGGUUGCUUCUGGGGACUCGAUUCUCUAAUAUCUUUGGAUCUAAGCUUCAACUUGAUAUCAUCCGUCAACGACAAAUGGCUAUUCAGACUCGGAACCCUGCAACAGCUAUCGUUGGCGAGCAACAGAAUAAAUUCAAUUGGGAAUAAUGCGUGGCAGUUCACACCUAAUAUAACGGAGUUAAAUUUGAAAGGCAAUUAUCUGAAAUCGGUGACUGAAUCUGAUUUUAAAAGGUUGUCGUUGUUGAAAAAGUUGCACCUGCAACACAACAACAUCGACUAUGUUGCCGAAACGACUUUUCAACAGUUGAAAAUACUUAGAAUCCUGGACCUCAGUUACAACGAUCUUCAGUGGUCAACCGAAGGAACCAACUCAUACUUUGAUGGUCUGACCUCCUUAUCGAGACUGAAUCUGGGUCAGAAUAAGAUCAAGCAUCUGAGCAGACGUCUGCUACGUGACCUCAUUAAUUUGAGAUACCUAGACGUGUCUGGAUCAAGUCUGGUCACUCUAGAGCCGAAGUGCUUUGGAAAUCUCAACAGGCUUGAAAAUAUCAUCAUUGACUCAACAAACUUACUCUGUGAUUGCAAACUUAACUGGCUGCAACAGCAGCAACCACAACAACCACAACAGCAGCAAGCUUCAUGUGGAUACCCUGAUAAACUCAAAGGAAGAUACUUAAUGGGGCUAUCAGACCAAGAUCUACUGUGCUUGAAGUUUCAGAAGCCAAGCAUCAUCCAGCCUCCACAACCGACGGCCGCCCUCCUUCACGGCAACGCAACGAUCAGCUGUCUCGUCAACUCCAGCGUUCAGUCGCCCGUCUACAUCAGUUGGAAGAAGAAUAACAAGGUGGUUGGUGGUGGUAGGUGUGGUGCUUGCUGUCAUGCAUUCAUUCAUUCAUUCAUUCAUUCGUUCAUUCAUUCAGGCAUGUACCAGUGUGUGGCGCGAAACAUCCUGGGGAGUACGACGUCGAGCAAGGCGCACGUGACUGUCAACGAACUGCCAACUUUCAUCAAAACACCCGAGCAAAUGAUAACAGCUCAGAUCGGAUCAACCAUUCGAAUCGAAUGCUACGCUGUCGGAUCGCCACAGCCCAUUUUGGCGCUAAAAAAAGAUGGCGGUGACGUAUUUCCGGCAGCGAAUGAACGUCGACUCCUCAUAUAUCCGCAAGAUGAAAGGUUCUUCAUCGUUAAAGUGAGCACGGCUGACCGCGGUGUGUACACGUGCAUGGCGAGUAAUGAAGUCGGAGUGGCCACUAUCAAUACCACCCUUGUUGUGCUAGAACCGCCAACAUUCACCCGCCAAAUUCCUUCCCACCUUCAAGUGGUCAUCGGGGAGCCAGCCAAACUUCAGUGCCCCUGCAAUGGCUACCCCAGGCCGAAGGUCGAAUGGUUCAAAGGUGAGGAGAAGUUGAUGGUUUCUGUUGCGAGUGGGUCGAGUCGUUAUCGUUUUCAAGACGGCAAUCAGGUCUUCAUUAUCAAUCAGACAACCCCUGAUGAUCAAGGUGGCAACAACAACACAAUAUAUGACGUCAAUUACAUCAAACAACACGGCAACAACAACAACAAACUCGGCAACAACAACAACAACAGCAACAACUCUUCAACGACAACAACAGCAGGUGUCAUAAUCAUCGCCGUUGUAUGCUGCGUGGUCAUCACGUCGUUAGCCUGGGUUUGCAUCAUUUAC